ACACUCCUCGACUGCGAAACGUCGCAGCGGGGAAAUAUGACUUUGAUUGGGCUGAUCCCCGCACAUACUUGGCAUUUCCCCAGCCCCGCCUGCCCACAUCCUGCAGAUGUUUGUGGCGGCGGAUCAUGUUCCCCCACUCUUUCCAAAUCAACUUUCAUGCCCGAGUAUUCGGACGCGGGAUAUUAAUUUCUACCAAUUUUUUUUGGGUCGAGGGCCAAGUUCUAUGUGGUUAAAACAAUGGAUAAGCUAUUGUCAUGGUGGUCAAGAGAGGUAGACUCGGUGCAGAAGGUACCGACCUACAUUAGAGCAACUAGGAUGCAAAGCUGGACUUGAACGGACUUCCCUUUUUCACAAAGUAAUAUUUACAUCUUUUCUGUCUAGAUCAGAAUUCAUUGCCAACUAUCAUGAGAAAGUCACCAUCAACUGAAGGCUUCCAGCCAGCCUUCCCUGGUCCUUGGGACCGAUACAAUUUCUCACCAGAAUCCAGGACUCAGUACCCCGUCCGUAUAUUCCGUACGACUGGUCAUGUCGAAAGCGAAACGAAGUUGUUGGACUUUCAAAGCACAAUCAUCCGCGCUUUGCCGGCCACUAACGGUCAUAUAUCUGGUGACCUAUACUCUUCCAUCACUCUUGACUUCGGGAAGGAAGUAUGUGGGCCAGUAACGAUCCGAAGCGGCCCAGCAUCGACUCGUCAAACUGUUGCCUUUGCAUACGCCGAAAGCUCGCAGUGGGUUGGUUUUGACAGUGACGAUGCAUCUUCCUUGCGACCUUCCGUGUCCGACGGGCAUUUCGAAUUUCAAGUUGGACCGAACGAGACAUACGAAGUUCCAUUGGAGAAGCAAAGAGGUGGCUAUCGGUACCUGACUAUCUUUUCAAAGACAACGGAUGCGAUUCUGGAUAUCAAAGAAGUUUCGGCACGCUUUACUUCGAUGCCUCACUGGGAAAAUCUGAGAGCCUAUCCGUCAUAUUUUCAUUGCAACGACGAGCUUCUCAAUCGCCUAUGGUAUGCAUCUGCGUAUACCAAUCAGCUUUCCACACUAGCGAAGGAUCAGUCACGUCGAUGCGAACUCGACUCUGGAUGGUUGAAUAAUGCUGUCUGCUGCACGUCUGGCGAGACGGUCAUCACAGACGCUCCUCGAAGAGAUCGUACGGUAUGGGCUGGAGACUUGGCCAUUGUUCUCUGGUCUCAAUUCGCGACUAUUGGGGACUCUAUCUCUAUGCGCAAUGCCUUAGAUACGCUCUUCGAUGUACAGAGCGAAAAGGGGCAGUUUCCUUGGGCCGGGCCGCCUAUCUGUCAUGACUCCGUCAGUGACCUCGCAAAGUCAGAAGAGUGGCCCUAUAUGUCCGAUUCUUACCAUCUUUGGACUAUACUUGUUACAAGACAUUUUUAUCACUUGACUGGUGACCUGACAUGGCUGAAGAGCAAAUGGCGUAGCAUCAUGCUGGGAAUGGAGCUGGCGACUUCCAGGUUUCGACGUCUAGAGGGACUUUACUAUUGUGCAGGAAUCUUAGACUGGGGCCGUAGCUCAGUGCAAGGAUACAAUCUGUCUUGCAACAUUCUCUUCCACGAGACUCUUGUCAACAUGGCACCUCUAGCUCAACUUUUUGGCAAUGCGGACGCUUCCAGAGAGUGGCUAGCAAUGGCUGAGACCCUCAAGGCAAAUUUGGAGGAGUUCUGGGAUCCAAUCGAGGGACUCUAUGUUGACAACUUGAACGACCACAGCCUGCAUCCGCAGGAUGGAAAUUCGUUGGCUUGCUGGUUCGGCAUUGCGGACACUGAUCGAGCUAGUACCAUCACAACAAAUCUUAAGAAGAGAUGGGGUCCUUACGGUCCGAUCAAUCCUGAAUGCUCCGGACCUGUUUCUCCAUUUAUUUCAGGCUUCGAACUGCAGGCUCUUGUACGUGCCAACAAGAUGAACGAUGCUCUCCAAAUGAUCCGUACUGCUUGGGGCUGGAUGAUCAACAAUCCAGCCAGCACUAACAGCACGAUGCUGGAAGCUUGGGGAGGAGACGGCCAGCUAACUUAUCCAUUCUACAAAGAUAAGCCUAGUUUCAUAUCUCACUGUCAUCCUUUCUCCACAGGACCAGUUUUAGUGAUGACUUUCGAGCUGCUUGGUCUUAAUAUCACAGAAGCUGGAGGUACCGCGUGGGAGUUCAGACCAACGCCAGGGGAUUUGGAACACUGUGAAGGUGGUUUCACGGGUGUACAUGGCAAGUACUCGGCUGGAUGGAGGAAGGAGAGGAAGAAUGGUAGUAUUGUAUUCACUUGCUGGGUGGAAGCUCCAGUGGGGACGACUGGAAGAGUGAGACGACCGAAUGGAAUCGGACAGACUGUGUCAGCGAAUGGGCACAAUAUCAAGAGCUCAUCCUCUGAUGGUUACCAGUGGAUUGAUAGCGUAAAGGGGGGCAGACGCCAUGAAUUUGUAAUUGUGUAAUCUAUAUUCGCGAAAACUGAAUAUCAAUUCUUUACAGUAACAUUUACUAAAUCCACCAAAGCACCACGUGCGUUGAAUUUAUAUACUCUAUUGAUCUUCACGUUGUUUUUUACUGCCAAGAGGUGAUCAAAGUGACGAAUAUUGCAGACGACAUGUCCAAUUGAUC